AUGCGUUCCUUCUCUACCCUUCUUUUGGCUGCUUCUGCCACUGGUUUCGUGGCUGCCGAGUCCAUGGAUAUGAACAAGAACAAUGGAGUGGAAAAGCGCGACUUCUUCGACCAAAUGACCGACGGCAAAGCCCUCGCCGCCGCAAACUACGGCCGCGCCUUUGCUCCUGAAUCUCCAUCUUCAGAGUCCGAGUCCGUGUCACACUCACCCGAAUCCGAAUCCGAAGAUGACAACGACGAAGGUCGCGUCGUCGUGCAAGUCGUCACGGAGACUCUAACCGAGUGCGACUGUACCAAGACCUCAGCGCCCGCAAGCACCAAGAGCAAAGCCCACGAGAAGACCAGCCACGGAUCAGCGCUCAAGCAUGCCGCGCAGACGCCCGCAGCACCUGCAUCGUCGGCGACCUCGAUCGCGGUUGCUUCUGCGUCUUCGUCGAGAUUGUUUGGGCCGAUGGCUUCGGGCGCUACGCCUUCUGGCUCUGCGACGCCCUUGCCUAGUGGUGCGGACCCGUUGAGUCACGGGUCGAACAAUUAUAACUCGUUUGUUGGUGGUGCUGGGAAGAAUGGGCCUCAGGCUGUGAUUGCUUUGGGGGUUUCGGCUGUUAUGGCUUUGUUGGUUGUGUUGUAG